AUGGCCACCUCCAAACUCCCCAUCUUGCGCAGGGAAACAACUGAACCAAAAGCUUUUAACGAAGCUGUCUGGCGCCGAGUAUUCAACCAUCGGCGAGAAAGUUCCCGCAUUCCUCGAGCUGUUAUCAACGCCUCAAGCGUUGAGCACGUCAAGGCUGCAGUUCAGCUCGCAAACCAGGAAGGAUGUAGAGUCUCUGUUCGCAGUGGCGGUCACAGCUGGGCAAUCUGGAGCGUACGCGACGAUGCUAUCCUCGUUGAUCUAGGCGACUUUAGGUUCAUCGAAUAUGACGAGAAGAGCAAGAUUGUAUCAUGCUCGCCGAGCACGACGAGCGCGGACCUGAUGGAGUUUCUUAAUGCGCGAGGCCGAUUUUUCGCUACCGGACAUUGUGGGGAUGUGGCUAUGGGAGGGUUUCUGCUAGGAGGCGGCCAAGGGUGGAAUGCAAAGAAUUGGGGACACAGUAUUGAACAGAUGGUGGCGAUUGAUGUCGUGACAGAAGACGGCAACGAAAUUCACUGUAGCGCCGUCGAAAACGAAGAACUCUUCUGGCUUGCUCGCGGCGGUGGUCCAGGAUUUCCGGGCAUCAUUACGAGCUUUUCCUUGCAAACUAGGCCGUUCACCGCCGUAUAUCGCACUCUGCUCGCGUGGCCUGUCACCGAGAUACCAAACAUUAUGAACUGGGUUACAAAGGUCUGCGACGAGUUCGAUACUGACACCGAGGUCUCGAGCUUUGUCCUUUACCCUCCUAGGAGUCCGGCACCGGUCAUAGCUGUACUCUUCAUCAGCCUCAAGGGAAGCUCUGAGGAGGCUAAACAGGCCUUGCAGCCGCUGAAGGCCGACCAACCCGCCGGAGCUCUGAUCGAGGAGAUUGCCGUCCCGACCUCUUUCAAAGCAGAGUACUGUGUAGACUCUGUUUGGCUCUCUAACGAUGCCGACUUGGGCGCAUUGCUCGCUGAACCGGGGCGCACUAUUCCAGGGAAAACAACCACAAUGCUCUACCAGCCCAUUACGAGCUCUCAGCGGCCCGUUCAAGGCGACCCUGCCUUUUCUCUGCAGACUAAACAUUACGUCUCUCUCUACUGCGGUUGGCAGAAUGCGGAAGAUGAUGAAGAGCACAUUCAGUGGGUAGACAAAACCAUCAAUAGCUUCAAGCCGCACAGUGUUGGCUCCUUGUUGUCGGACUUUGACUUCCAGAGGCGCGAGGCGAAGCAUUGGAGCGAAGAAAAGGGUGAAAAAGUCAUGGCUCUGCGUAGGAAAUAUGAUCCUGCUGGACGUUUUGCUGGGUUUUUAGAUGCCGGCGAUAAGAGCGGGCUGAAUGGCCUUCGAACCAGUUUUUGA